GCGAGCCUCCUUAUCAAUGACUCAAUGACCCUCUUACCAGACUCACAUCGCAUAACACACUCCACCUCAAAUACCGUUUGUUUUUCUCUUCUUUUGUUCUUUCUUAAAGCAUAAACUAAAGAAGUCUCUGCAAAGCCAGAAGGGGAAAAAAUGAAGGCCACAACACCCACCUGUCACCUCACUCCGAUCAAUCUCCACGACCCCGCCGAGCAUGCUGAGAUGCAACGCCAACGCCGAAUCUGCGGCUGGGACCACGAAGCCGAGACGAUCGAGGGUUGGAAACUCAAACAAGACGAGGGACUUAAAAGCUUCUUCUGGAUCUGUAUCCCCGACCCCACGACCACUUCCACAACAAUCCAGGCAGCGGUCACGAUUCGCGCCGGCCACAUCGCCCUCGACGCCUACAGCGACCCCCCCGACGAGGGUCUUGCCCGCGCCGACCGCUCUAUUCUAACCAUCCAAACCUUCUUCAUCCUCCCCGAGUACCGCGCGAUGGGGCUCGGUCGCCGCGCCAUGGAUCUCGUCGAGGAGCGCGCCGCGACCGUCGAGCAGCCCCACUGCCGGUCCCUGGCGCUCACGACGAAGAGCGAGCGGCACUAUCUCGAUGAGUCGCCUGAGGGGACCGGGGUGUGGGCGCGCACGGGCUCCCAGCCCCCGCUUCAGGGAUGUAGUCAGUGGUGGUAUGCGCGGCGCGGGUAUGUGACUUGGAAGGAGGAGGCGAGGUGGUCGGAGGUGGGAGUGGAUGGCUCGGAGGUAGUCUUUUAUGCGGCGUUUAUGCGGAAGGAGGUGAAGCCGCAGGGGGUGAAGCCAGAAGGUGUGUGAGUUAGUUUGGGCGGUUGUGCCGCCCGAGGGGGGAGGGGAAGGGGAGUGGAAGGCAACUUACGGUCAUGAGGAAGUAAUGAGGAUUUAUACCUGCCUGUAAUUUGUUAUUGUGUUGAUUUCGGAUGAGAUCCUGUACUGUACGCUGCUUUAGAUUGAGUGGUUGUUCUGCCGAUGUUUGGAGCGGUGAGUCCCUGGGAUGGAUGGUCUACGGAAUAGUGUUGAACGGAAUCGACCGAGGCAUCGGCCUGACGCAUGUGAGCGAUGCUGACUAAGGGAGCAAGGGGGAAGGAACUUCAACCCCUCCACGGAGGCCCUCAGGUAUCUUAAUCAACUAAGCAACCCAAGGAAUCAAUGGUGUUGACGCUGAU